AGCGUUCAUACGGGGGGUAGAACCGGGAUUAUUUUGUCUGACAGCUGAGCCCGUGAACUUGUGAUCCCUGACACGGCUCUGAACACAUGCUCACAUGGCCCCGUAAACCCCGGACAGACCCGUGGCUAUUCCUUUAGAGUCAUUCGCUGUAAUAAAUACUUUAACUCUCUUAUUUUUUUUCCCCCCUCCUUUACUUUUAAAGACGCUCUACUUCCGGCCCCGCCGUGCCCUCAGCGCUUCCCGCCCCAGCCCCGCCCGUCCCAGCUCCUCCCGCCUCAGCGCUUCCCGCCGGCUCCCUCAGGAGUUACCGGGAGCCAGGAGCCGCUGCAGCCCUCGGCAGCCGCCGGAGCCCCGCUCUCGGCAGGAGAGGAUGACGAGGUGAGACCGCGGUGGGUUUGACUGCGGUGGAGGUACGGACGACAGCGGGGCAGUGGCUGCCUUAGAGCUGCGGGAGAGAUCUACAGAAAGUUUAUUAUUCCUCCUGGCCAAUGCACUCUACCGUUCCACGCCGUGCUUUUGCCGCCUCCUGGUUCUGAGGGCUCCUCUCGUCAUGAGCUCCUUCGAGGAGGCCGAAACAGAGGAGACAGUGACGUGCCUCCACCUCACCUUCUACCACCCCGGCCAGGCCGAGAAGAUGAUGUUCCGCUGCCUGGAUUUCUGCAGGCGCCAGCAGGUCCGGGCGGACGACACGGCCAAGUUCGGCCGCGAUUCCAGCCUCUGCCGCUACAGCCUGAUGGACACGCGCGUCUCCCGCAUCCAGUUCUCCCUGCAGUUCUACAGGAGGCUCCACACCUCGGAGUACGGCUUUGAGAUCAAGAACUUGAGCAAGAAAACCAAACUGACCGUCAGCCAAACGGAACUGGGGUACUUAAACAAAAUCGACCUGCCCCUGAAGUGCAUCAUCUGUUUUGGGGACUACCAGAUCCUGGCAGAGAUUCAAGAAGGGGAGGCCGUGGAUUAUUUUGAGAUUCACUUACACUUGGCUGAAGCACCCAUCUUACAAGAAAGGUGCCUGCCAUCCCUGCAGCCUAUACCCGAGAAUGGCGUUUCUCCUUCCUUUCCUCUUUCCCAAGGCAAAAGCCCCACAGAGAUUGAUGAAAACGAGCUGUACUAGCGGGGAGGAGGAGGCCAGAUCAGCUUUUGUGGCCUGCACAGCUCCCAGCAUACACGGCUCUCACCUCAGCCCAGUGUUCUUGGCGGAGCUCACUGCCUGCUGCACAUCAGUCUUCUUUACUUGGUGUUUUCAGCACAGGCAUUCCAGAGCACUGCUCCACAGAAAUGGAUUCCUGCCACUGCCUUCACUGAGGGCUCUCUGAUGCCCAGAAAGGUGUGGGAGGUGGGGGGGUCACUCAAACCCACCCCAGAACCGUGGCCACGUGCCUUGAAGGGACAUUUAACAGGCAUUAAUGCAGAGCAUGCACAGCAGGGUUUUUGGUCCCAGCCAAGGGCUGACACAAUGUCGUGUUGCAUAUUAUACUUGGUGCUCUUAUUUGCACACCAAAUUCCAAACAGUAUUUUUUGCGAGCCAAGGCUGUGACUUCACGGAUUUCGCAACUGAGAAACACUUUGUCCUUUUAAAUUUAUGUUUUUAUUAGCUUCAAAGCAAGGUUUCUUUUUUAUUUCUACUUAUUUAAUUAACAUAUAUAUUUUUCUUUUGCAAGUUAACUGCUUUUGCUUGUGAUGUAGACGAACAUGUAGCAUCAAUGAUCAUGGUCUAUAAAAAUCCACAUGAAUUUUGCAAUAAAUACAUUUUGUUCUGUGGUAA